AGGUACAGGCCGAGAAGCGCAUGCAUGAACCUGCCAAAGGCGACUGCAUAGUAAACGCGUCAGGAAACAGUCUAGUGCGCGAGUUUGAUUUUGAUUUUGAUCUGAAGACAGGGCAGGGGUCCGCGUGUUUGCUUCCGCGAGCCUCUGUCCUCCCACCAGGUCCCACAAAACCACAGUGGUCAAGAGGGGUGUAUCCAACCUGAGUCGGCCUCAAUCUCGUCUUGGGAUUGCCAAUUGACCAUUGCUGCGGGACCGACGAACGCUAAGAUCUAAGACGAAGGGGGGUAGGCGCGCCGAACGAGGGCGGGAUGACUCGAGCAGCAAGAAGAGGCGGAGGCGAGGCCGCUAUAUAUGUCGACGCAUGUUAUGCGGAGAGAAGCCUUGGAGAAGCCUAGGGCCCGGAUCUGGCGUGGGGAGCGAGGCGGCUUUCUCUGCGAACAUCUCCGGGCGUCCUUCUCCCACUUCGGCCCUGCGAAGAUCCACCACGCCCAUGUGCUCCUCCUCUGUCCUCCCUCCCGCUGUGCGUCCAGCCCAGCUAUCCUUGCACUCGUACCCGUUUUUCUGGUAGCUCGCUGUGUCUGGGCCUGGGACACUAUGCAUCGACCACUUGAAUGGUACGGCCGGAAAAGGAAGCUCCCAGGGUUCUUAGCUAAGCAGCCGCCCACAAAUCGAGAAAGAAAUCUUCUUUUAGGGUGCACGCAAAGGAAGCCUUCCAACUUCCAACCCAGGCAGUUCCCUUCAACUAUCUCCAUAAAUGGCCAUACGCGAGGCCCCAUGCGUCGCGUAAGAACUCUCCGCAUCGCUGGAGCCUGGAAGCCGAUGAAAGUCCCCGUGAGCUUCCCGCUUGUCGGAGCCUCUCGCUUUCCGUCUUUGCACACUUUGCACGCUCGAGCGUAUGGCGGUAGGUCAUCGGGGCCUGGCGGGUCCUCGCUCUCCCGGUGGGCCUUCAUGCCUUGUUUGCCCAUGGUCGCCUGGAAAUGGAAAUCUGUGCGUGGACAUGUGUCGGGUACUUUUCACUUCAGUUCGCAAGGCCCCACCGAGUCUCUCUUCUCUUCCUCGCGCACGACCCUGUCCUACAAUGCAUAGCCGCAGACGAUGACCUGCGUGACCGCCUUCUACGUCUCCGCGCUCUCAAAACUCAAAUUGCUGUCUGAUGGCCAGUUUGCACGAAGAUCGCGUGCGCGCCGUCGACGUGUCAGAUUCCGGACAUAGAUCGCGCCAGUUACCGUC